AAAAAAUAUCGUCGUCUUUCGUUGGAGGACUUCGAUUGAUACGGAAAGAAAAAACACGAGACCUCUUUCCUUUGCCUCUCCUUCUGUUCCUUCGAUCCCCAAUACCUCGUCCUCGUCUGCUCCCUUUCUCUCUCUCGAAUUCGAAGUCAAAGCCCAAACCCUUCUCUCGAUCGCUUUUCUCAUGGCCACCAUCGGCAACAACAACAUCAAUGCCAAACUCGUACUGCUCGGAGAUAUGGGCGCAGGCAAGUCGAGUCUCGUUCUUCGAUUCGUCAAGGGUCAAUUCUUCGAAUUCCAGGAGUCGACUAUUGGGGCCGCGUUCUUCUCCCAGACGCUGGCGUUGAAUGAUGCCACGGUGAAGUUCGAGAUUUGGGACACGGCGGGGCAGGAGAGGUACCAUAGCUUGGCUCCCAUGUACUACAGGGGUGCUGCUGCGGCCAUCAUCGUGUAUGACAUAACCACCACGGAGUCUUUUGAGCGAGCUAAGAAGUGGGUUCAGGAGCUACAGAAACAAGGUAAUCCAAACAUGGUGACAGCUUUAGCAGGCAAUAAAGCCGAUUUGGAAGAUAAGAGGAAGGUGACAGCUGAGGAAGCACGGACAUAUGCUGAGGAGAAUGGCCUCUUCUUUAUGGAAACCUCUGCUAAAACUGCAAUAAAUGUGAAUGACAUAUUCUAUGAAAUUGCAAGACGCCUACCCCGUGCUCAGCCAGCUCAGAAUCCAACAGGAAUGGUUCUUGCAGACAGACCUACUGAGCGAUUGAGACUUCAUCAUGCUGUUCUUAGGGUGUUAAAGUUGAACCACUUGGGGGCUACUGGAAGUGCAAGACAGCAAAUGAGUUGAAGAUAUAGAACCGUUCAGAUUGUCCUGCCCCCUGCAUUUGGGGAGGCUGUCGUUGCUGUUUCAUAUUUCUUCUGUUUGAAAAUCUCGUAAACGAAAAAUAUCAUGUGAGCUUCACCCAAGUUUCUGGGCAAGAUGCAGCAGCUUGUUUGAACAAGUGUUCUUUAACCUAUAUUAGCUCUCUGUGAUGCUUGUUUGAUGAAAUAAAUGAAUUACUGAACCAAUUUCAUUUCA